AGUUGUCGCCUGAAUGUAGAAAUGACUUCAGUUGGUCGGGGCCGUGGAAGAGUGGCGUAUACCGCCCCACUGCGACGUCCUGGCCAGCCUGCUAAUGCACCAGACUAUGUUCAGACUAUGAACGCACUAAUGUCAGACGUGGACUUUGCGGAAAACAUGCUGGAUUAUGUGGAACAGCAAGUGAUUGCAGCAUGCUCAUCCGUCACUGCAACUGAAGAGGUUGUGGACACUAUAUACAACAUUAGCAUACGAGACCGUAACUUUGGAAGAGUUGGUGGAGCUGUUCUGGCCAGGCUGACUGGGACGGAACUGGAAGGCUUCAGAAAGGCUGUGCUGAACAGGUUGCAGUCUGACUACGAAGAUCGCGAGAAGAUGUUGGCAGCAGACGGUGGAGCCAAGUUGAUGAACUUUGUGUGCCUGCUGGGUGACCUGUACCACAAGGUGGUGCUGAGGAAUGGGCUGCCGCUGCGAGUCCUGGCUGCCCCGCUGGCGACCUGCCUCGGCAUGGUGCUUGGGCGCAGCGCUUCCAAGAUUGAGAUCUUCACUCAGCAGAUGGUGAUGAAUGGAGAGAAACUGCAGCUACAUGCAUCAGACGAUGUAGCUCAGCUAAUGAUCCGCGCACGGGAACUGCUGAUGGGACAGCCCCCACUAGAAAACAGCAGUGCCUGGUACAUACUUCUCUGCAUCGACCUGGAGGCUCGCAAAUAUACGGCUCUCCCGGACCACUUGCUGUCACUCUACGAGUCCAAUAUAGCAUCUAAGCAAAUUCUCUCACUUCUCAAGAAGCUUAAAUCUGAUUCGUAGUAUAUAUUUAUUUUGUUGAACAAAAUUUGUGUGCUGUGAAUAUAGUAUUUAAUGUACACCACAGGGAAACACUGAUGAUGCUAUAGCAGUGUGUGCUAUACACCCUGUAGGAUUAGAGGUAACAGUACUUCUUUGGAUUGUCAAAGAAGGCUAUUCUUGUUGUGACUGAAAUAUUGUUGGCAGCUGCAACGAGUUGCUGAAUAUUGUAUUAUUUUUAUAAUGUAUUUAUUCUAUAUCUCAAGUACUGAAUGAUAUUUGAAAAACGAAGUAUUGUACCCUUCACUGUAUGAUAUUUGCAUUCUGUUUGUUGCCAAGAAUAUUGUCAGAUACUUGUAUCAGUCUAAUUUGCAGUGGAAGCUGACUCCAAUAAGAGGUAGAAACAUACGACAGAUUGAAAUAAUUAAUGAGUAUGUUGUCAGCAGACAGACACCAUGACCAUGCAAUUCAUAGAGAAAGUUCUAAACUUUUAUUUCUGGGAUAUGCCCCUGAGAGACUGAGCUAUCAGAAAACUUUACGUGAAACAAACACACACACAAACAACAACCACCACCACCACUAACAAUAUCAAAUGUAUGUAAGAUGAAAGUGAAAUCUUUAAGCACAUAAGAUGAUAACAGAAUUUCUCACAGGCAUUGUUACUUGAAUAUUGGUGACAAUGGUUUUCACUGCAUUAAUCUUGAUCAUGUCAGUCGCGCAGAUGAACAAUUUAAUAACUAGGUUGGUAUUACAAAAGACCAAUUGGAGAAAUUAACAGUAUGCAUCAUGGAUGUGGAACUGAAUCUAUUAUUUUGUUUCUUGGUACUGAAUACAUUGCAAUGCUUUCAGCUUACACUCAGUGCAAAAUUCUUACCGAGGUGGUGGACUUCAGCCGUUUCCUCCAAUAUUUGUUGUCUCUCACUUGACAAACUUCUACAGAGCAACACUCUUCUUGUGUUUAUGAUACAAGUAGUCACAUCCUAUUAUCUAUGCAUGCAGAAUGGUAGGUCAUUAUUUUGGGCAGUGGCAAAUGAUCAUUUGAAGCAUGAAGAUUGUGUUGAUGAAUACAAAUAUUCUAAAUUGUUUUCAGGAUUUCAUGCGCAUCCCCCUGCCCUCAGUAAAGUGCAUUUUUUGUUUUGUAUAUCCUCUUUCUCCAAACAUCUGUGGUCCAAAUAUAUUUGCUACCAUGGUGACUUUGUAGCUGAGCCACACACUUCACAGUGGUUUGCAGAGUAUGGACAUGGAUAUCAACCUUUACUUACUUAUUUAUUUACUUUUUUGCACAACUGCUGUAUGAAUGCAAAUGUGCAGGUCACCAUUUCACUGUGAAGGUGGUCACUAAAAAUGUGCAAAUACAGUGUGUAUUUACACAUACAAAGAAUGACUCGUACUUCUAGCAUUUUACCCAAGUGUACAAGUGUGUGUGUGUGGGGGGGAGGGGGGG